GGGAAUACCAGCUGCAGUAAUUUUCUUUGAGUGGGGUGGGGGUGGGGGGUGACUGGGUGAGGGAGUCCCAGCAGCGGUGACUGUUGCGGUGUUGCCGCAUCCACGCCCUAGUCGACCACGCCGCCCCCAGCAGCCCGCUGCUGCCGCGGCUCGCGCCCCCAGGAGCCCCCGCCGUCGCGGCUCGCGCCUCGUAUCCGUAACAGCUACACCGCGCCGCCUACCCCCGCUUCCUGCUGGCUGCAUCGUCCUCAGGUCUUCCGAAGGCGAGCUCCAAUCCCCAACCACUAUUCACAAGAUGACUACAAAACUUGAGCAAUCUUCUGCGGAGCAUCGCCCAGCAAAAUUCGCAGCACCAUCGUCUUUGACCCCCAAGAUCUCAAUGUUUGGGGCAAAAGCUGGAUUCAUCAUACCUAAGAACAAGCUGGCCGGCUCACUCGUAAUCCGGAGCACCAGUGACAAGAAUGAAACACCAACUGCAUCCAACGAAGAUAGCAGCAGGCAUGUUCACAGAAAGACAAAGUGGGGGCCUGACCUUGCUUUGGACCCUGUCGUGUGCAAAGGAAGGGCUUUGGCCUACCAGGUGUCAUUAAUUCAUAUUACUUCAUGAGCAGACUCGAGUGGAGCAAAUUUCCAAGCAGCUGAAGUCUGGAGCUUUGGACACGUCCGAAAUUGAUGGUUCAGUGUCUGCUGGAAAUGAAUUGAAUUCUAUUGGUCCUGACAUCUUGAAAGAGAACGAGCUGGGAAAUGUUGAACUAUUGGAACUUGAAAGACGAGAGCUUAUCGGUGAAAUACUCCGUUUGAAUCCGGGAUAUAAGACACCUGAGAACUACAAACCAGUACUUAGGGAGACAAAAAUCCCUGUUCCGGCAGAAGCACACCCAGGAAAUAAUAUUAUUGGAGUUCUUCUAGGAUCUGAGAGCAAUACCCAGAAGAGACUACAUGAAGAAACUGGUGCUGUCAUUCGAGUGUAUGGGACUAAGAAAAUCAAUGGAGAGAAGAGUGAGAUUCGUCAUCAAGACAUAAAUGAAACACAAGAUGCUUAUGAAGACCUAUACAUCAAUGUAUCGGCUGACUCUUAUGAUAAAGUAGAUGCUGCAGUUGUGUUGAUUGAGCUGCUUCUUGCUCCUGUUUCCGUAAAGUCGACAGCUACUUCAACAGCUGCUACUGUUUCUUCAGCAGAUACAUCCAAGGAUGCAGUUUCAGCUAAUGUGCAACUGGAGCAGAAUACCACGUCACAGCCAGAUCUACUUCAUUACCAAUCACACAACGCACCUUGGCUGCCCACACCCCAGACCAAUGCUCCAUCAAUUCCUUCCACGGGGCCUGUUUUGAGUACAUUACCUAACAAUCCAUCGCAGCCACAACCGCCUGCUGGUUCUUUCAGUAUGCCUCCAUAUACUGGUCAACCUCCUCACAUGAAUAGCAUGCCAGCAAAUCCAUUUCCUGUUCCUGGGCCUCAGCAACCAGUACCAAGCAAUCAACAACAUCCACCUCAAUUUCGAGCUAACUCCUCGAUUGGGCCUUUUUUCGGUCAACCACCUGGUAUUGUAAGCCAACAAAUGCCACCAUCUUCCUCAAUGCCACCGCCAGUUAGACCCCUUCAAAUACCCCAUGCCUCUGGUGGCUGGCCCCCUUUCUCUCCUGUUACAUCACAAUCUCAUAGGCCUCUGCAAGCUCCACCGACUUUUAUGGCAGUGAGACCUCCUAUUUCCGUCUCUCCUCUUGGUGCAACUCCACCGCAAGGUCCCAUUGCAUUGACACCACCAAAUAUGCCCACCAUGUACCGCGGCCAGCAUCCACCAGUACCAAAUUUCACUGGUUCAGCGCCAUUGGUUUCCAGGCCUCCUGGUGGUGGGGCUCAGUCUUUUCCUACAGCUGCGCCUCAAGGCCCUUCCUCAGUAGCAUUUCCCGGUGGACCAUCGCUGCGGCCACCUUACCCUCCGGCGCCUGAUCAAGCGAGGGGGCCACCUCCAGCUUUCUCUCCAGUUGGAUCAACUCCUGGCAUGGUGCCUCCACCUAUUGCAUCUUCCGGCCUGCCUGCCCCGCGUCCUGCGAACACGAGCUGCAUCCAGACACAAGUAGUAGCCCCUUUGAGACCUCCGCUCCCAGCCGCGGGCGAUUUUACUUUCCGGCCUGCCAUACCACCGGCGCAUGCUCCAGAGUUCGCAGCACCAGGCAGUCAAAUGGGAGCAAUACAUGGCAGAACUCACCACCCUGGACCAUUCUCCUCCCAUCCUGGUGACCAGAAGAACCCCAGCCAAGGUUUCCAAGGGCCGUUUGAUGGCAGCAGGCCCAUGUACACGACGAAUCAGGCUCGGAUGCACGCUCCACCUCCUCCACACUUCCACGGAGCCUUCCCCAGGAACGCAUCUCCUCUUGAGUUCCCAGCGGGGUUCCGGGGAGCCUGGCCGUCCGUGCAGGCACCUCCGAUGCCGGCACCGUCACAUCCAUCGUCUUUCCCGCCGUUUCAGUUGAGGCCACCGCCACCGCCGCAGCAGGAUAUGUCUGGCGCAGGCGGCACCAGGUGGCCCGGUGGCAAUCAAAUCUACAACCCUUUUGCACCAACGGCUGCGGCGGCGGCUCAGAGAGCGGAGGCUGACCCUGAGUACGAGGAUCUCAUGGCAUCAGUUGGCAUGAAGUAGCGAAGACUGCUGGCUGGCCCCUGAUCUGUCUGUGGCACAAACACAGAGGCUUCUUCCUAUUGCUUGCCAAGAUGUGCGGGUUACUAAUCUCCUCCAAUGUAUCUCUAGAUGGUACUGAAUUCCGUUCCAUCAUAGACAGGUGCCAUGCUUGAACGAAAAACAAAAAUAAAAAAUAAACUAGUGGACCUUGUUUGAGACAUGCUGUUGGGUGCCGAGGUUGUGUUUGUGCCUAUCUCGAAAUCUCAUGCAUGUGUUGCUCCCGGCGUCAGCUGAUGUUGUUUAUUUUAUGGAGAGGAAUUUGUGAGCCUGUUCUGAGAAAGAAGAACAUCUGUUGGCAUUAUCACGUGUGUGUAUAUAUACAUGAAGGAUGGGGUGGAAUAUGGUAGGUAUGCGGUAUGAUGUCAGGAUGUCUCCAGCAGAUCGUGUAUAUACGGUUGUGUAAAACACUUUCACGAAGUUUGAAAUAGGGGAGACAGUCUCAGUGCUUGUGACUUUUAUGCAAAACUUAUUGUGUCGUACGCUGACGCUAGAACGGGAACUGCCAACGAAACGUCAAGAGAUCUUCCUGGAGUUGGUGGCGACAAGGCCAUUUCGCUGGAAACCAGUCACGGAAAAUGGCGACGUCUCCUGAAUGCCUUUCACCUUCUAGAGGAGGAAGAGGAAUUGAAGCAAGCACAGGUGGACAUGAGAGGCAGGUCCUUGUCAGCUCUCCGGCCGCUGGCAUUUCUUCUAGACUAGAAAAAACAUGUGCUACGACUUCCACGCCCGCCUGCUCGCUAACAAGUACUAUAUGGUAUUGCCGUGCCAGCACCAACAAACAACUGUUGUCGUCCACUGCUUUUGCUUCUGGGUCUUUCGUUCGUAGAUAUAAAACGGAGGGAACGCAGAGCCGGGCGCCUGUCUGGAUUCAUUCUGCGAGAGAUCUGCUGGGGCAUUGAUUCGUCAUCAGGCUCAGCUCUGAUCAGCUUCAACCAUCAUGGGGAGUCAAGAGUCGGAGCAGGCCAAGGUGCUCCCGGGAACCGACUGCCCGCAGCAGCCACCGGCGAGCAGGACCUGGCAGAGGAGGUUCGACGAUGAAGGCAAGAACGUCGCCAUGUUCAGCAUGACCAUGAGCGACCUGGUGGAACUUAUGCCCUUGAUGGUCAAAAUACUCAAGCUGCAGGUGGAAGAAAACGCCGAAGGCCGAGUUGCGGUCUAUGAUCUUCUGAGGAAAUGGAUGGACAACUGCUACCGUGGCGUACCGGUCGGUGGGAUAGGUUCAGGAAGCAUAGGGAGGAGCUACAGAGGGUACUUCCAGCAGUUCCAGAUAUUCCCCGUGACCAACGAAGAGAAACCUGUCCUAGCAAACCAGUUCUCGGCAUUUGUUUCGCGCCCGAACGGGAACAAGUACUCCACGGUGCUGUCGGCGCCAACCGCUGACCUUCUCAAGGGAGUCGGCAAAGCCGGCAUUGGAUCUUGGGACUGGAGGUUGAAGGAGGACAGGUGCACUUACCACGCCCUGUUCCCAAGGUCAUGGACGGUAUAUGAUGGUGAACCUGACCCUGAGAUCAAGAUCACCUGCCGUCAGAUAUCGCCCUUCAUACCGCACAACUACAGAGAGAGCAGCUUCCCGGCUGCAGUUUUCACAUUCACGGUGAACAACUCUGGGAGCUCACCUGCAGAUGUGACGCUGCUCUUCACCUGGGCAAAUUCAGUUGGCGGGAAGUCGGAACUGACAGGAAACCACGUGAAUUCCAAAAUGACGGAGCACGACGGCGUCCGUGGCGUUCUCCUCCAUCACAGGACGGCGGGAGGGCAGCCUCCGGUGACGUUCGCGAUCGCGUCCCGAGAGACCGACGGUGUCCGCGUCAGCGUCUGCCCGUCCUUCACGAUCGCGUCGGGCGGCCCGUCCAGCUCCGGCGAGCCCACGGCGGCGGCCAUGUGGGACGAGAUCAAGAAGCACGGCGCGUUCGGGCACGCCGGCGCCGGCAACGGCAACGCGGCGAGGGCGGCGGCUUCCAAGGCCGGGUCGUCCGUGGGCGCGGCAGUGGCGGCGUCGACGGCCGUGCCGGCGGGGGCGACGCGGGUGGUGUCCUUCUCGCUGGCCUGGGCGUGCCCCGAAGUUAAGUUCCCCGCCGGGAGCACGUACUACAGGAGGUACACCAGGUUCUACGGCACUGAUGCCGACGCAGCUGCAGAGCACCUAGCUCAUGAUGCCCUUCUUGAGCAUAUGAACUGGGAGUCCCAGAUCGAGGAGUGGCAGAAGCCAAUCUUGCAUGACCAAAGGCUGCCUGAAUGGUAUCCAGUUGCUCUGUUCAACGAGCUCUACUACCUCAACGCUGGAGGCACCAUCUGGACAGACGGGCAGGCUCCGAAGAGGGCCGGCUUCGCUUCGUCGUUGACGGCCACCGAGCCGUUCUCCAUCGACACGCUCCUCCCAGUCGCAGCGGGCGGCAGCGCGGUGGACGGCGUCGUGCGCGCGGUGGCGUCGGCGACGGAGCGGUCCCACUCCGCGGCGGCGUUCGGCGCGGCGCUACUGCGCGGCGGCGAGGACAACGUGGGGCAGUUCCUGUACCUGGAAGGCAUGGAGUACAACAUGUACAACACCUACGACGUGCACUUCUACGCCUCCUUCGCGCUGCUGUCCCUCUUCCCCCGGCUGGAGCUGAGCCUGCAGCGGGACUUCGCGCGCGCCGUGCUCCUCCACGACCCUCGCCCCCGGCGCACCCUGGACGGCAGGACCGUGGCGCGCAAGGUGCUGGGCGCCGUGCCGCACGACGUCGGGCUCAACGACCCAUGGGUGGAGCUGAACGCGUACAUGCUGCACGACGCGGCGCGGUGGAAGGACCUCAACCCCAAGUUCGUCCUGCAGGUGUACCGCGACGCCGUGGCCACGGGCGACGCCGCGUUCGCGGAGGCGGUGUGGCCCGCCGUGUACGUGGCCAUGGCGUACAUGGACCAGUUCGACCGCGACGGCGACGGGAUGGUGGAGAACGAGGGGGUGCCCGACCAGACGUACGACAUGUGGUCGGUCUCCGGUGUCAGCGCCUACACGGGCGGGGUCUGGGUGGCGGCGCUGCAGGCGGCGGCGGGCAUGGCGCGCGUCGUCGGGGACCGCCCCGCCGAGGCCUACUUCCGCGCGAGGCGGGACAGGGCGGCGCGCGUGUACGAUGCCGAGCUCUGGACCGGCGCCUACUUCCGCUACGACAACAGCGGCGGCGGCGGCGCCAGCGAGUCCAUCAUGGCGGACCAACUGGCGGGGCAGUGGUACGCGCGGGCGUGCGGGCUGGAGCCGGUGGUGGAGGACGCCAAGGCACGGAGCGCGCUGGCGACCGUGCUGGACUACAACGUCAUGCGGGUCAAGGGCGGCGCCAUCGGGGCCGUGAACGGGAUGCGCCCCGACGGCGCCGUCGACGCAUCGUCCACGCAGUCCAAGGAGGUGUGGCCCGGGGUCACGUACGCCGUUGCGGCGGCCAUGGUCCACGAGGGCAUGACGGAGGCCGCGUUCCGGACGGCCAAGGGCGCCCACGACGCCGCCUGGGGCAACGACGGCUUCGGGUACGCGUUCCAGACGCCCGAGGCUUGGACGGAGGACGGCGGCUAUCGGUCGCUGCACUACAUGCGGCCGCUCGGCAUCUGGGCGAUGCAGUGGGCGCUGUCGCCACCCGAGCUCCACAGGGAUCUCAGGACACCCGAGGCGCGAUCCUCGGAGGAGCCGUCGCCGGCGGACGCUGCCCUCGGGCAGGCGCAGUUCGACAAGGUGGCGAGCAUGUUGAGGCUGCCGGAGGAGCAGCAGCCCAAGGGAUACCUUUGGGCCAUCUACAACCUCGUUAGGCAAAUUGUGCUCCCCGCAUGAGGAUUCUCUUGCUCCAAGCAGCCGCACUCAUGAAUGCAAAUUGAGCCCGUUAUUAUAUAUCUUUUUUUUAUUAAAACCUAAAGCGUUACGGAGCCUUCA